AAAAAACAAAAACAGAUUUGAAGCUUUGGAGCUCUUUCCCGUUUGCGUGCGCUAGCCGACUGCUUUUGACUACAAAUUUUCCUGCAUUUUCUUUCACUUUCUCGUCAACUUUCUGGGAAAACCUUCCGAUCAGAUAGAUGAAGAAUAAAGGAGAUGAGAAGUUGCGUGCUAGACUCUCAAGGAAGGAGCUUCAAUCUUUGUGUAAGAACUUUGGUUUGCCUGCUAAUAGGUCGAGUUCAGAAAUGGCUAAAUCUUUGGCUUCUUUCUUUGAGAAGAAUACGAGUUCAAUACUCUCUGGAGAAAGAUUAGGUGAGAUUAGAGAGGUCUCAUUUCCUGCAUAUUGCAUACCAGGACUGCUGUCUGGAGCACCGUUUAAUUCUUUGGAGUAUCCCAGAGAAGAUAGCCAUGAACUGCACUCCUGCUUAAUAGAGGGAGGGAAUAAAAGGAAUUUUUCUCCAACUUUUAGAAGUAAUGAAUUGGGUCAUUGCUCGGGGGAUAAAACUUAUGAUGGGGAAGGCCGUGGUUGCUCCAUGUUUUGUUUCCAGGAAUCAUCAAACUCUCAGUUUGUUUCUCGAUGGGCUAGGAAUGAUUUCAACAGUCAGGUGUCUCCCACAACAAAUUUGUGCCAGGAUUCUUCAGGUAUUGCAAGAGAUAACUGGGUGGAGGAUAUGUGCCCAAUUCAACAUACAAAUGUAACAGAUGUAAACUCUGAUUCAUGCCCUAAGGCAGACAUUUUCCCUUCUUCUACAAACACUUUUAAAGCAGCUUCUUCAUCUUCUUUUGAGUUUUAUGUCCGUAAUGAAGAGGGGAUUAACCUUUGUGUUGACCUGAGUUCUAACCCAUCAGACUGGAUUCAAAAGUUGAAAAGUGAAGUUAAUAUUUGUGAGAACAUGUGCCAGAACAAGUCUUCUAGUUUUCAUCAGGAGCUUGGGCGAUUUGGAGAGAGUAACAAACAGCUAAAAAAUUCCUUUCUACAAAAUAUAGAUGCUCAACAAGUCAAGGAUGGCAAUGUGCCAUCUGUAUCUUCCCCAAGUAAAUUUAUGAAAGAAAGUAAAAAUGCAAUGCUCAAUAUUCCUGAUGGAGGUGAUGGAUCUUUAACAUCUAUUGCAAUAAAACCAAACAGCAAUGCUGUGGUUGUGUCCGAGCAUUUACAGGAAGAUAAAGGACUUGUCUCUUCUGAACCCAAUUCUGAUGCACGUGAUGGUACUCGUUCUUGUACUGAUGAAAAUGGAUGCUCAACAACUGUCGAUUCAGAUGUUAAUACUCCUGGGAAAAAAAUAUCUAGAAAUUCUUUGGUAAGUAUAUUAGAUUGUCCAAAAAGUCGUGCCACAUUGGAGCAUCAGAAUUCAAAGCCCAGCAGUGAAAUCUGCGAGUACUCAACGGUGGAGAACAGUUGCAGCCUUGCAAAUUCUCAGGUGGUAAUUGCUGGUAGCUCAACUGGUGUUUCUUUGGAGAUGCCGCUGUUAAAGGCUGAGAUUCAGCGGAAAGAUGCAUCAUCCAUGCCUUGUAAAAAUGGUGAAUUCAUAGAUUUGGUUGAUUCAAUGGACAAUACAGAAACAGAACAAAGUGCAUUAGCCAAUUCAAGUGAGCCUGAUAUUGACAUUGGCAGGAAUCAUAUGCCUACAUCUGUUGAAGAUUGGGAAGGGAAUAAACCUGUUGAUGGAGGGGAGAGCUCAGAAUGCUCACAAAUGGAUGAUUCACUUGGCAAGAUUUGUUUAAGGGUUCAUAACUCGGGAUCUAAUGAAGAACAUCAAAAAAAGAGGCCUCAUAUGGACAGUACGAGGAUUUUAAGAAGUGCAAAGCGUUUUGCUGGGAAGGUCCUCCCGAGAAGGUCCACACGGCUGGUUCCUAAGUGAAUAAAACUGGAUGCGAAGAUAUAAAUGAGAACUAGAAAAUGGGUAUCUAGAGUGAUUGAUGUCUCUUGUUUUAUCUAUACGUGGAAAAUUCUUGACUACUCUAAGGUGCAUUAAUGUUGUCUUUCUGACUGUGAAAUUGUUUGAGAGCUGAUGGUUUUGUUUGCAAAUACAAGGACCUGGAUUUUAGUGUGGUAUUCUGUGUGUGACCCUUACACAAUGCGCUGGUUCAACUGUUUAAUUAGGCAAUUUGUGCCUUGUUCUUUUCUGUGUUAUUCCAUUAAAUUCAGGUCCAUUGAAUUUAUAGGAGUUUGACUGGCAAUGUAAACACCAAUCUCCUCUAAUUCCACCUCUCCCUCCUCACACCUUCAGUCUAGGGUUCUAGUGAUGUUUGUUUCUUUCCUAAUACCCACUGAUUUUGCUUGUAUCUGAUGUGAAAUUAUGAUGAUAUCGAACUGACCAACAAACCAAGCCACAAGAUUUCACAAUGGGGGAAAAGCUCAAAUUAACUAGAUCUACAUUUUGUAGGCCUUUUAUGUUUGAAAUAGACCGUGAGUGGAAUUUCUUUCUCCCAUCUUUUCUUCAAUCAUUAAGUUACAGUAUAUCUAGUAUCCUGCAUGCA